CUAGAGAGAUCGCGUAACCGAAUCUUGUCGCAAAAUGUUCGAAUGGACUCAAAUUCCGCCACCACAUUUCAUUUUCGCAUUCGCCUCGAACACGACAGCCACCAACAUGCCGAUCGAGACGGACAGUUCGCAAAAACACCUUCUCAUCAAGGAAGAACAACUCCUCAUGAAGGACGAAGCCGUCGCGCCCAAAGUGUCUCGCACGCGCAAGGCCCUCAUCGCGCUCGGUACGAGCCUCGCGUUCCUUGGCGCGUACUCGGCGGCUGCCGCGGACACGCAGCCCAUGAUGCCGACGGUGGUCAACGCCAACAUGCUCCAACAGGCACCGUCGCCGGCGUGCACGUUCAAUGACGGCGACCUCAUCACGGUGCAGGCCGACACCGGCAAGCUCCUCGCCCGUUGCAACGGCUGCAUGCCGAACGGUGCUAGCCCAGACUCGGCCUUCUUCCACGUGUCGACGUCGACGGGUAACCCGUGGGCCGUCUGGAAGGUCACCAACACGGGCAACGGCAAGCUUGCGCUCCAAGCCGACUCUGGCAACUACUUGGCGCGCUGCAACAACUGCGCGCCCGGUGCCGCAUACCCGGACGAGGCGUUCGUCCACGUCAAGGACUGGCGCACCGGUCCGUGGGCCCAGUGGACGUGCGUCGACGCUGGCAACGGCAAGAUUGCCUUCCAAUCGGACACGGGCAACUUCCUGGCGCGCUGCAACAGCUGCGUCCGCGGCGGAGCGUACCCGGAUGCGGCUUUUGUGCACGCCAACGCCUACACCAACGGUCCGUGGGCUCAGUUCACAGUCAACCGCCUUCCGUCGCCCGCGUGCACGUUCACGGACGGUCAAGUGAUUGGGCUUCAGGCCGACACGGGCAAGUUCCUUAGCCGCUGCAACAACUGCGUCUCGGGCGGAGCAUACCCCGACUCGGCGAUGAUCCAUGUCUCGGCGCUCGCGGGCAACCCGUGGGCGCAGUGGAAGGUUUACAACACAGGCAACGGCAAGCUCGCGUUCCAGGCGGACUCUGGCAACUACUUGGCCCGCUGCAACAACUGUGCAACCGGUGCCGCGUACCCGGACGAAGGCUUUGUGCACGCCAAGAACUGGCGCGACGGUGCGUGGGCCCAGUUUACAUGCGUCGACCUCGGCAACGGCAAGAUCGGUCUCCAGGCCGACACGGGCAACUUUGUCUCGCGCUGCAACAACUGCGUCCGCGGCGCGUACCCCGACGCGGUCACGAUGCAUGUCAGCAACCCCAAGCUCGGCGCGUGGUCGCAGUGGACGGUCGUCAAGCAGUAAGCAAGACCACCAUUCGAUCUACGUCCCGCGGCCGUCGCGUGCCUGUGUCCAUGGUGCAGCUGUCUAACCUCGUGAAUCAACGUUCUAUUCUUCGUACUAACAA